AGAUAAAGAAAAAAUCAAGAUGAAACGACUGGAGUUAAACCCUCAGCCUUGUAAUGAACAUUUAUUUAUGAAAAGCCACCCUGUCCCUUCAAGUAAAGACUUCACCACCCCAGUGAAGGAAAGUAUUCCAAGAUCGCAUUUGUCAUCUCAAUUGGAUCUUGACAACAACAGCUUAAAACGGAGACCUUCUAGUUUAACUCUUUCGAAUGCAAAGAUAACAAAAUAUGAUGAUGAUGAUGUGAUUAUCUUAGAAGAGAACAGUACCCCCAAGCCUUCUGUAGAGGCUGAUGUCACAGUAGUAAAAACUGAACAGAUUCACACAGAGCAAAGUGAGAUUCCGUCUGAGAAUAUUGCUGACAGAGAACCUUGUGAGCUGAAUAGGUCGCUGCUCGGUUCAGUAUCCAAUUCUGGAUGUGACUGUGAACCGAAGUCUGCUGCAACACAAACUGAAGUUCCAAAUUUAGCAGUUAAAAAGGAAGAAGCUCUUGAAUAUGACAUGGACAGCCAAGAUGGUACACAGCAAGCCGUCUCAGAAGCCAAAGCAAAGCAAUACGUCCUGAAUACAGCUGAUCAAUCUGCAGGUGAUGUUGGAUAUCAAUUAGGUGAACUUAGAAAUGAGUUGCAGCUUGUCAGUGAAGAAAAAGAAAAUUAUAAAAGGCAAUGUGAAAUGUUAAUGGAAAAAGUGAAAACAUUAGAAAUGAAGAUAGUUGAAAUGAAUGAUAAAUAUGUGAAAAAGGAAACUUGUCAUCAAUCAACUGAAACUGAUGUUGCAUUUUUACUUGAAAAUGUUAAUGGAAAUUCCGAAAGUCCAGAUCAGAUGGCAUUUCAAUUUGAGCAGACUUUCAAGGAGAUAGAAAAGCUGACAGAACACUGUAACACUUUACAAAAUUUAAAAGCUGAAUGUAGUAAAUGUUCAAGCAGUGAGAAUAAAACUGAAGUGGAUGAAAUGGCUGUGCAACUUGAUGAUGUUUUCAGACAACUGGACAAAUGCAUUGUUGAAAGGGACCAGUAUAAAAAUGAGGUGGAAUUAUUAGAAAUGGAAAAAACACAAAUGGGCUUUCAAUGUGAAGAACUCAAAACUGAAGUCGAACAGUUAAAAGCCACGGUUUCACAAAUGACAAGAUCAGAUGAUUCAACAACUAGUAACAUUGAGGCUUCUAUGAAUUAUUCUGAUAGGGAAAGCCUCAAACUUCGAUCCCUUCGAAUUAAUGUGGGCCAGCUGCUGGCUUCGAUCAUGCCCGAUCUAGAUCUACAGCAAGUAAAUUACGAUAUCGAUGUAGUUGAUGAAAUUCUAGGACAGGUGGUUGAACAAAUGCAUGAAAUCAGUAGUACAUAAAAUAUAUUUUCUGUGAAACAACUCUCUCAGUAUUUCUGUUGUACAGUUCUUAAGAUGUAGGCAAUAUUCUUCUUUUUUAAAGGUACAGAAGGUAAUAAACUAGAGUACUAUGUAUACCUACUGAAAAAAAUACAUAUUCUAUGCACUCAAAUAUUCCCACAAAUGCUGUGGAUACUUUGUCACAACUUUUAAAAAUGCUGAAAGGUGUUGAUCUUUAGCCAGAAAUUGUAUUACAAAUAUAAAUGUAUUUAUAAUUAAGUCUGCAUAUAUUUUUUAUGAUGAUGCUGGGGACUUAAGUGGUUUCACUAAGAGCUUUUCCGAUCACUUCAGACCUUUGUGCAAUCUUUCCAGUCCCUCAAAUUAUAUUUUUUUUUCUUAAAAUGAGGAUUGUGCCACAAUUUAAAUGGAGAGUUUUCCUUUAGCUUUCUUACAUAAAGAAUCUUUGGGAAUUUUUACUUUAAUCUACCUAUUUAUGACUGAGAUUAGUGCCUGCUUUGUGAACCAUCUUUAGUAAAUGCUGUUAGAUUUCUUUUAGAUGAUUUCCUAUCUUUGAAAUUGAACAUUCUUUAAAACAAGGUAGCAAUAAUAGUGGUUAUAUAGGUUUUCCUCACUUUGGUCCUAUUUUAAUUUCAAUACUAGGAUUUUUUCCUGCAGAGAUUGCCAAUCAUGUUGACUUACAGAAGUGUUUUAUUUUUUUUUUCUUUUGUAAAAAUAUGGACAGAUAAGCUUAAGUAUCAGAAAAUAAGAGGGUUGACUAUAUCAAAUGUUUAAUAAACAUCAUGAAACUCAUUAUUGUCUUCCUGUGAAAAAUGAGUGUGACUUUCUGUUUAAUUUUUUGAAGUUUUCUGGGCAGCCUAUUUUAGGAAACAUCUUAACUUUGCUGGGUGAUCUCUUUAGCAAUAUUGCAUUUUUAGUUAUGUUACCAACUUAAAUAUUCAUCAUUUUUUGGUUAAAUUGGAACUAUUGCUAUAGUAUUAUACUGUUGCUGCAUUUUGGUGGGAUUUCUAACAGAUGGCUGUUUCUAUUACAUGGGACAGCAUAUGUAUGUAUAUAAACAAUUCAGAACCAUAUUUUUCUCAAUUAAAAUGUGGGAUUUUUUUCAAAUCAUUUAUUAUUUAUUUUAUUUUUUUCUUGAACAAUUCAAUACUUGUAUAGGAUACUUUUAUAAGGUAUGCAUAGAAUACAUGUAGAUCAUAUUAAGAUAUUAAAAUUUUUAUGAUACAUAAAACAUUCCCCCCCCCCCCCAAAAAGGCAGCAAGUAAAUUAGAUUUGGUUAUUACCUGGUUGUUAAUCAAAAAGUGAUUAAAAGUAUAUUUUUUGUAUAAAAAGGUUUUCUGUCAAACUUGUAACUGGUCAAAUUUUUUUAAAGCUUUUAAUAAACUACAUAAUGGCUAACUUGA